UUUGGAGAUAAUCCGACUCAUCACUAUCCCAGUGACGAGCAGAGAGCGAGCCAUGGCGCCUCCUAUCUCCUCCCUGUCGCUCGUCGCCUCCAACCCAAUCCCGUCACCCCCGGUCACCAAACCCGGCAGGGCGCUCGCCGUGGUGCCGUGCAGCAGCAGCUCCGCCUCUUCCCCGGCGCCGUCGACUUCGUGCUCGGCUGCCGGGAGUCUCCCGGUGGCGUCGGCCGGCAGGAGGGAGCUCCUCGCGCUCGGCGCCGGGUUCCUGGCUUCGGCCGGGCUGCUGUGCCCGGCCGGAGAAGCCGGAGCGACGCGCAUCGAGUACUACGCGACGGUGGGGGAGAAGCUGUGCGACAUGAACGUCGUCAAGUCGGGGCUCGGGUACUGCGACGUGGAAGUCGGCACCGGCGCCCAGCCCCCGCGCGGCCAGCUCAUCAAUGUACACUACACUGCAAGAUUUACUGACGGGAUAGUGUUCGACAGCAGCUACAAGCGAGGAAGACCACUGACAAUGCGGCUUGGCGCAGGCAAGAUCCUCCGAGGGCUUGAACAGGGAAUCAGUGGUGGCGGUGGCGUGCCACCCAUGCUCGUUGGUGGGAAGCGCAAGCUUAUGAUACCUGCAACUUUGGCGUACGGGCCUGAACCAGCAGGUUGCUUCUCAGGGGAUUGUAAUAUUCCGGGCAACACCACGCUUCUAUACGACAUCUUUCUCGUUGGAUUUUACAAGUGAGCAUAUGAUGACAAGGAAUAUGCAUAACUUGAACAGAGUAGGUGCAAAAUCGUACAAGAUUAAAUUUUGGCGUUUCAGACAAGACUCCAGAGGCAGAACUAUGAACAUAUGAAGAGAAAAAGGGCAUGCCUAGCCAGAUGGUGAAAACAAAUGCGUCACCAACAUCAUUAGUCUCCCAUACGCAAAAAAAUUACAUUUGUAACCUGUGCCGAUCAGUGAAAGGAACGGGCCGGUCCUGUGCUAGAUCAGAACGGUCUUAUAUUUUUUGGAUAAGAAAAUGGUUUUGUGCUUGUGUGUAAGUACUAGCUUUGUAAAGACAUAUAUUCAGACUGUUAUACAAGUAUUAGCUUUGUAAAAACAUCUCAUUAUUCCGACUGUCAUUGGUACAGCCAAAAGGGCCAAACUAUCCACCCUCAGGUCAA